AUGUCGAAGGUCUUCACCACAAGCGACGUUGCGUCGCAUAACAAGCCUGAAGACCUGUACAUCAUUGUCGACGGCGAUGUCUACGAUGUGACUAAAUUCAAGGACGAUCACCCUGGUGGUAAAAAGAUCCUCCAGCGCGUCGCUGGCAAGGACGCAUCCAAGGCAUUCUGGAAGUACCACAACGAGGGCAUCCUCAAGAAGUACAAGAAGCAGCUUCAGGUUGGCUCUCUUGACUCUAAGCCCAAGGCUCCUGAGCCUAAGCCCGAGGCCAAUGCCGCGCCUGUGCCUGCGGCCCCUACACCCAAGGCCGUGAAGACUACCCAGAAGGAGGUUGCUGCCAAAGAGGAAGAUGCCGAGGCUCUAGAGCCCUUCGGCGACCAGAUUCCAUUUGCUGACCCUGCUUGGUACCAAAGUUACCACUCGCCUUACUUCAAUGAAUCGCAUGCUGCCCUCCGCGCUGAGGUCCGCGAAUGGGUCGAGAACGACAUCGAGCCUCAUGUUACCGACUGGGACGAGGCCAAGGAGGUUCCUGAGGAGAUCUACAAGGAGAUGGGUCGUCGUGGUUACCUUGCUGGUCUCCUCGGUGUCAAGUUCCCAACUCAAUACGCGCCUGAGGGAGGUGUUAAGUCUGUCCCUGCUGAUAAGUGGGAUCUUUUCCACGAGAUGAUCAUCACCGACGAGCUGUCCCGCACUGGAUCCGGUGGUUUCGUGUGGAACAUCAUCGGUGGUUUCGGAAUUGGCUGCCCACCUCUUGUCAAAUUUGGUAAGAAGGAGCUCAAGGACCGCAUCAUGCCCGGUAUUUUGAGCGGCGAGAAGCGUAUCUGCUUGGCCAUCACUGAGCCCGAUGCCGGUAGUGAUGUUGCCAACUUGACCUGCGAGGCUAAGCUGAGCGAGGAUGGCAAGCACUACAUCGUCAACGGCGAGAAGAAGUGGAUCACCAACGGUAUCUGGUCUGACUACUUUACCGUUGCUGUACGAACUGGCGGGGCAGGUAUGAACGGCGUCUCACUGCUCCUCAUUGAGCGUAGCGAAGGUGUUUCGACUCGACGCAUGCCUUGCCAGGGUGUCCUCUCUUCAGGCACAACUUACAUCACAUUCGAGGAUGUCAAGGUGCCCGUGGAGAACUUGCUCGGCAAGGAGAACCAAGGUUUCAAGGUCAUCAUGACCAACUUCAACCAUGAGCGCAUGGGUAUCAUUAUCCAAUCCCUUCGAUUCUCCCGUGUUUGCUACGAGGAGUCCGUCAAGUACGGCAGCAAGCGACGCACCUUCGGCAAGAAGCUUAUUGACCACCCUGUCAUCCGCAUGAAGCUUGCCCACAUGGCCCGCCAAAUCGAGGCUUCUUAUAACUGGCUCGAGAACCUUAUCUUCCAGUGCGAGCGUAUGGGAGAAACUGAGGCCAUGCUGCGCCUUGGAGGUCCUAUUGCUGGCCUCAAGGCCCAGUCUACCCUCACCUUUGAGUUCUGUGCCCGAGAGGCUAGUCAGAUCUUUGGUGGUCUGAGCUACUCUCGUGGUGGUCAGGGAGCCAAGGUCGAGCGACUGUACCGUGAUGUGCGAGCAUACGCUAUCCCUGGUGGUAGUGAAGAGAUCAUGCUUGAUCUUAGCAUGAGGCAGAGUUUGAAAGUGGCAAAGGCGGUGGGCAUGAAGCUCUAA